AUGGCGAGCGUCAUGAAGAACUCCAACGCGCUUCUGAAAGCGCUGAACAAUGGGUCAGGCCUAUCGUUCGGUGCAUGGCAGAUGCUGCCGGGAACACAUCUCUCACGAGCGAUUGCGCGCUCCGGGUUUGAUUGGAUUUGCAUCGACACGGAGCAUGGAAACAUUGCUGAUAAUGAAAUGCACGAGUCGGUCCAUGCUAUUGCGUCGGUGGGCGUGUCGCCGAUCGUGCGCAUUCCGGCGAAUGAGGGCUGGAUGGUGAAACGUGCGCUUGAUGCUGGUGCACAUGGUAUUAUUGUUCCACUGUUAUACAGCGUUGAGGAUGCGAGGAAGUUGGUGCAGAGUGCCAAGUUCCCUCCGGUCGGAAAGAGAGGAUUUGGCAGUCCUUUCUCCAUGGGCGCCUUUGACAUCAAGGGCGACCUUACUGGAUUUGAUUAUAUGAAGAAUGCCAAUGAUCAUCUUUUGACGAUUGUGCAAAUUGAGACGAAGGAGGCAUUGGACGUGGUUGAGGAAAUUGCCAAAGUCGAUGGCAUUGAUGUUCUCUUUAUCGGACCGUGGGAUCUGGGCAACAAUAUCGGACAUCCCGUCACGGGUGAUUUCUCCGAUGAGUUGAAGGCGGCGAUAGCUAGAAUCUUGAAGGCUGCACGGGACGCAGGCAAGAAGUCGGGAAUAUACUGCCCCAACGGUGACUUUGCCAGAAGAUACGCCGAUCAAGGGUUCCAGAUGAUCUCCGUCGUCAACGACAUGACCGCUAUUCCCGUUUUCAUGGCCGAGUCGCUAUCAAAAGCCAAGGGCUCAUAUGGCCAUGCUGCAGCACAGGCGGUGAAAGGAGCUGCAUAUGGAGCUGCGAAUAUCAUAUCGGGACAGCAAAAGGAGUAG